AUGUUGCCGCAAGAUUUCUUUAUUUGUCUUCCUCCUUACUCCCCUUUCUCUCUUCUCCCCUUUCUCUCCUUUCUCUCCUUCCUCCCCUUUCUCCUUUCACUCCUUCCUCCUUUCUGUUCUUAUUCUCUCCUUUCCCUUUCUCUCCUUCCUCUCCUUCCUCCCUUUUCUCCUUUCUCUCCUUCCUCCUUCCUCUCCUUCCUCCUUUCUCUCCUUUCCCUUUCUCUCCUUUCUCUUCUUAUUCUCUCCUUUCCCUUUCUCUCUUUCUUCCUUCUCUUUCUCUUCUCUCCUCCUCCUUUUCUCUUUCCCUUUCUCCUUCCUACCUCUCUCCUUUCUCUCCUUCCUCCUUACUCUCCUUCCUCCUUUCUCUCCUUUCACCUUUCUCUCCUUCCUCCUUUCUCUUCUUAUUCUCUCCUUUUCCCUUUCUCUCCUUUCUCUCCUUCCUCCCCUUUCUCCUUUCUCUCCUUCCUCCUUUCUCUUCUUAUUCUCUCCUUUUCCCUUUCACUCCUUUCUCUCCUACCUCCCCUUUCUCCUUUCUCUCCUUCCUCCUUACUUCUUCCUCCUUUCUCUCCUUUUCACCUUUCCUCUCUUCCUCCUUUUUUCCCCUUUUUUCUCCCUUUCUCUCCUUUCUCCCUUUCUCCUUUCUCUUCCUCCUUUCUCUUCUUCUCUCCUUUUCCCUUUCCCCUUUUCCCCUACCUUUUCUCUCCUCCUUCCUCCUUUCUCCCCUCCUUUCUCUCCUUUCCCUUUCCUUGCUCCUUUCUUUCUUAUUCUCUCCUUUUCCCUUUCCCCUUUUCUAUCCUUCCUCCCUUUCUCCUUUCUCUAAUUCCUUUUCUGCUUCCCUUUCUCCUUCCUCCUUACUUCUUCCCUUUUUCUCCUUCCUUCUUAAUCUCCUUCCUCCUUUCUCUCUCCUUUUCCCCUUUUCCUUUCUCUCCUUUCUCUUUACACUCUCUUUAA